CUCUUCUAAAAUGUCGUCCGUCUUCACGUUCAACGUUGGCGGCGGACGACCGUCAGCAUCAGCAGCCAGCGUCGGGGGGUCGACCGCGACCAGCAGCAACGCGAGCCGCCACACCACGCCGCCGCUCACGCCCCUGUCUGCAGCAUCAUCCGCAUCGACGCCGACGCGGCCGACGACCCUGUCGCAGUCGCUGGCGAUGGGUCGCGUUCCCAUCUUCAUGCAGCGUCCGCAUACGCUCCAAGCAAACCUCGUCUCGCUGCUCAACGAUCCCGAUCCACAGGCUCGUCGCGAUGCGCAGUACAUUUACACCAAGACCUGGGGCGAGAACUUCACCAACACGCCGACGCCACAGCCGACAAUCGCGUCAUUGUCAUCGUCGUACUUGUCGUCGUCGUCUGCAAGCAGGGGAUCGGGCACGAAUGCCGCGGUCGGCAGCGGAAUUGACGCUCUCCUGCCAGAAGUCAACCUGUCUCACUUUGAGGCGUACUUGUCAAAGACAGCCGAGCGAAAUCAACGGCGACUGCAAUCGGCUGCAGGAUGGAAUGCCGAGCACCAUCGACGAGAGUCUUCAGCGACGCUUUCGGCAGGAGGUUCUGUCAUGUCUGAAUUCACCAAGGAUGGCGUGCCAGUGUUGAGUCAAGUUCCAUCGAUGUUCUUUGAGGCACAGCUUGACAUGUCCGAUCAAGAUGUUUUUGACACCAUCAUCCAAAUUCCCUCGCUUGAGCAUAUUCGGGGCACUUCGCUCGCAUCCAACUUGCAAGAGAAGCUCUCGCAUUACCUCGACUUGGUCGAAAUGCAACUGGCCAAGGCCGUUGCUCGCCGGUCUGACCAGUUCUUUGCCGCAAUGCGAUCACAAGAAGAGCUGUUUAUGGAGGUUCACGACACGGUCAAGACAAUCAAAUUCUUACGGGCGCGAGUCCAAGCGAUUGACAACAUGCUAACUGUGCAAGGUCUUAAUAUCGUUCGAAUGUCCAAGAAGGCAGAGCGCAUCCAACGAGUCCUAGCUCAGUUGCGAAUAAUGUCGACCGUCAUGCAAACACACCCGACAGUCGAAUUGCUACUAGCAUCGUCGGAUUUCAUUGGCGCUUUGGAUUUGUUGGCUACAACCCGCGAGGUGGUCAGCAGUGAGCUGAACGGCAUACACAGCAUGCGACAUCUUUCGGAGCAACUCAAGCAAAUGGAAGAGGAUGUUGAUAUCGCGAUGCAACAAGAGCUCCAAACCCUGGCGAUCGAAGUCGCAACAAGUAAUCGCGGCAACGUGUGGUCUUUGCGGCAGUUUGGUGCUGCAGCAGAUGAAAGACUGCCUCCUGCAAUCUCGUUCGAGCAGCGAGUUGAGACGACGCAAGAUCGCAUCCUUCCCGUAUUGUUAGCUUUGGUUCGGCAACGCAACUUUGAGUGCUUCAUCGGGUAUAAAUCCCAGGUCCAGCUCAAGCUGAAUGCGCUCAUCAAAGAUACGGUUGCCAUGUUUGUUGCGAAUGCGGCCGAAGAUGCGCACGAUUCUGGUGAUGCACAGGCCAAGCCAAGCAAACUCACAGACUCCAUUCGGCACCUCACAUUCCGACAGUGGAUGCAGCUGCUUGACGCCGUGUUUGCGACGUUGGUCGACAUGCUGCAGGGGCUGCGGGCGGUGCAUCAAGUUAUUGCCUCCGUUGCAACCGCCUGUGUGCGCGACGAGACUCCUCAGGGCGGCAAACCCGCUGCUUCUUCCGCCGCUGCCACAGUGUCGGCGUCCGCCUUGCGAAGACAGGGCAGCGAACUUGGGGCUGACGCUGGCUCGAAUUCGAUCGGAGCCACCGCCACCGCACUCGUCUCUCAGCCCCUCACUGCGGCUGCAUUAGGCGAAAUCCGAUUCACGUUAACAGCCGCACACGCGCGGCGAUUUGUCACAGAUAGCGAUGACAUUGUCCGCUCGGCAGUCGAACUCGCUCAGCUUCGCUGUGGCAAAAUUCUCGGAGUCCGUGCCAACCAAACGGAUCGCUUGGCACCUCGCGACUUUGUCUCCUUCUACCAACUCGUGGACAAGUUUGUGAUGGAGUGCGACCGUGUUGCCUCCAGUCCUUCCAACUCGCUUCGCUCCACCAUGGCCGCCCAGGCCAAGCGGUUUAUCUCGGCCUUCCACGAGCAGCGGCUCUCCACGAUGAAUGCAACGCUCGAAAACGAGCGGUGGCGUAUCGUUGAUGUUCCCGGUGAGUUCCAAACCCUGGCCAACGGCAUUAUUGAGCUGGCAGAGAUGCCCGCCGACAAACGCGCUCAGUUUGCAGUUGGCGAACUGGGCGGCGCCGCCCGCCAAACUCUCCAGCAUCCCUCCAAGCGGCUAUCGCGAGCGGCCGACGACGACCUCUUUGGUCCGGCCAACUCGAACGGCCCAGCUGGAGGUGCCAGUCUGAUGCGUCAACCGUCCAUGGCCGCUGCCGAUCUCGUGGCCGCCGAGGCCGCAGAGGCCGCUGCGGACGCUUCUGCAUCGAGUAGCACUCUCGCGGCAGCCUCGGCGUCCGGGGUCACCAAUCCCGUCCUGACUGUCGGAAAUGCUACCUUCCGUCUGCCGAACUGCUCGCUGAUGCUGACCAAGGCUAUCAGCGACUACUGCCAGUGCGCACUCGGCCUUCCCGGCCUCACCACCGAGAUUCAACGACGAGUCGUGGAGAUUUUGAGGUUAUUCAACAAGCGCACAUGGGACUUGAUUCUGGGUGCUGGUGCGCUCGAGCUGGCGGGUCUCAAAUCCAUCAAUGCGAAACAUCUCGGCCUUGCGGCUCAGGCGAUCAGCGUGGUGCUGGAGUAUCUCCCGUACAUUCGUGCGAUUUUGGCUGUCGGACUGUCUGUCAAGCAGCAGAUUUUGCUGUCAGAGCUGGAUAGCGUCACGCAAGAUUACUUUCAGCACCGCGAGCAAAUUUUCGACAAGCUGGCCAUCAUCAUGGGAGCCGUGUUUGAGCGAUUUUAUGCUCCCGACUUUGUGCUCGAAUCCAGCGAAGCAGACGCGGGGGUGACCGUCUCGCUCAAAAAUGUUGUCAAAGAGACGGUCAAGCUGCACAAGGCCCUGUCAGAGGUGCUUUCUGCCAGCGACUUGGAGAUUGCAAUGCAAAAGGUGUUUGGCGUGCUGAACAAGAAGCUAUGCGAAGUGUUUGGCAAGUGCGACGCCAAGUCCAGCAACGGCAAGAAGCGUGCUGUUGCCGACGUAGCCUUCUUUUCGAGCCAGCUCGGCUCGCUGAGCCACGCAGGAGAUGCAGUGGGCGACGACGCGCAUCACUUUGUGCUGACCCGUUUCGGCUAAUACAGUACAUUUGAUUUCGC